AUGGAUAGAGAAGAAAACUCAGAUUCCAUCCCUAAUGAUUUAAUUCUUGAGAUACUCUCCAGAUUGUCUAUAACCUCAAUCGGGAGGUUUCGCUGCGUGUCGAAGCAAUGGGGAUCCAUGCUUCACAAGCCAUAUUUCACCAAGUUAUUCUUUACCAAAUCCUCGGCUCGUCCACGUCUCUUAAUUGGGGUCCGACAACACCAUGAGUGGAGCUUCUUCUCGGCGCCUCAGCCUCAGAACCAUUAUGGGAAGUCUUCGUCUCUUGUAGUAGCAGCCGAUUUUCAUAUCGAGUGCUCCUUCUUAGACCAUAGCCUCGCUAGGUGUAAUGCCUCUGGUUUGCUCUAUUUCCCAAGUACGAAGGAUUCACGUAUGGAUGAGUAUGGGGAAGGUUUCAUAUGUAACCCUAUCACAGGACAGUUUGCGAUCUUGCCUCGAUUGAGAUUAGGACCUGAGGAUGUGAAAGACUGGGGUGGCCUUUUAGGGUUUGAUCCAAUUGGGGGAAAUUCAAGGUACUGUCCAUGA